ACCCCACUCUGACCUAUUGAAUCCCAAGCUACACAUAAUCGAACGAUUCCUACACAUGUUUGAAUCUGAGGAGCGUUACUUUAAUGGACCAUUCCUUGGCCCAGGGAACAGUGCCGUCUAAUACUUCUCCGUGACCCUGGCAGCAGCUGGGAAAUGCCAAUAGGGUGGAAUUUGUACUUUGCGACUGAGAAGCCCAUAGCAUUGCCAAGAAUUCCAGCCGCUGAGCACCUGCCAGGACCAAACAGCCAGGACCAAUGGGCUUCCGGGGCCUUUGGCCCCGCGCGCGCGCAUGCGCCAAACGGAGAGGGCGUUGUCUUCCCCUAGGCCGCCUCGCUGGAGUGGUUUGUAGGCUUCGGAUUGUCUAGCACUGGAAUUCAGAGGCUCCCUCUGGAUGAGACUUGAGCUGUCCGUGCAGCCAGAAAAUCCAUGGUUUCAGCACUGAGGGGGUCCGUGGCUCCAGAUAAUAUGUACUGAUCCUCAAACUAAAUAGAAAGCUCUGGAAUGGAAUGAAGGAUGAAGCUCUAAAUAGAGUAUUUACUCAAUAAACAUUUACCCAAAGAUGAGAAGGAAUUCCAUGAAGACGCCAUUAACCAAGAUAAUGGUGUUUGAUUUCACAGAGUAAAUUCUCUUUGAGAAGAAAUUUACGGAUAUCCAAAAAUGAUUGAGAUUGAACAGGCAGAGGCCCAGCUCUCUGAGUUAGACCUGCUAGCCAGUAUGUUCCCUGGUGAGAACGAGUUCAUUGUGAAUGACCAGCUGGCUUUAGCAGAACUGAAAGAUUGUAUUGAAAAGAGGACGAUGGAGGGACGAUCUUCUAAAGUUUACUUUACUAUCAAUGUGAACCUGGAUGUAUCUGAGGAAGCAAUGGUGAUGUUUUCUCUGGCUUGUAUUCUUCCCUUUAAAUACCCUGAAGUUCUGCCUGAAAUUACUGUCAGAUCAGUAUCACUAAGUAGAUCCCAGCAGACUCAGCUAAACACAGAUCUGACCGGAUACCUGCAAAAGAAUUGUCUCGGAGAUGUCUGUAUAUUGAAUGCCACAGAGUGGGUUAGAGAACAUGCUUCUGGCUAUAUCAGCAGAGACACCACACCUUCCCCUGCUCCAGGAAGUACAUUCCAGCCAGUUGAUCUCAUUCUCACAAGACUGUGGAUCUAUAGCCAUCACAUCUACAACAAGUGUAAAAGAAAGAAUAUUCUAGAGUGGGCAAAGGAACUUUCCCUAUCUGGAUUUAGCAUGCCGGGGAAACCUGGUGUUGUUUGUGUGGAAGGCCCACAAAGUGCCUGUGAAGAAUUCUGGUCAAGACUCAGAAAAUUAAACUGGAAGAGAAUUUUAAUUCGCCAUCGAGAAGACAUUCCUUUUGAUGGUACAAAUGACAAAAUAGAAAGACAAAGAAAAUUUUCAGGUUUUGAAGAAAAAGUGUUCAAUGUUAAUGGAGCCAGAGGAAACCACAUGGACUUUGGUCAGCUGUAUCAGUUUUUAAAUGCCAAAGGAUGUGCGGAUGUUUUCCAGAUGUUCUUUGGUGUGGAAGGACAGUGACUGGGCAAAGGAGUAUUGAAAGUAUUUUGUCACUGUUGGCCUUUUGAUUUUUCCCCCAAUCUUUCUUGAAAGAUGAAGUAAUUUGGGGCACCUGGGCGCUUAGUCGGUUAAGCGUCUGACUUUGGCUCCAGUCAUGAUCUCCAGGUCCUGGGAUGGGGCACUGCUGUCAGGCUUCCACUCUCUCUGCCCCUCCCCCAACUCAUGUGCUCUCUUUCAAUCUCUCCCUCUCAAAUGAAUAAAUAAAAUCUUUUAAAAAUAAAUAAAUUUAAAAAAUAAAAAUGGAUUUAAGAUAUCAAAAGAGAGAAGAACAAGUUAGAUGGUCCUGCCUGCACUGUAUAAUGUAAAAGACACAAUAAAAGCUAUAAGAGGGGAGGGGCGCCUGGGUGGCUCAGUCAUUAAGCAUCUGCCUUCCUCUCAGGUCCUGGGAUCAAGCCCCACAUCGGCUCCGUGGGAAAACUGCCUCUCUCUCUCCCACUCCCCCUGCUUGUGUUCCCUCUCUCACUAUGUCUCUGUCUGUCAAAUAAAUAAAAUCUUAAAAAAAAAAAAAAAGCUAUAAGAGGGGAGCCUGAGUGGCUCAGUCUGUUAAGUGUCCAACUCUUGAUUGUGGCUCAGGUCAUGGUCCCACAGUGGUGGGAUCCGGUCUCAGUUGGGCUCUGAGCUUGGCAGCGAGUCUGCUUGGGAUUCCCUCUCUCCCUCUCCAUCUGUCCCUCCUCUCUCACUCAAAUAAAUAAAUCUAAACAAAAAAAAAAACUGUAAGAAACUGUAGUUAAGGGCACCUGGGUGGCUCAGUCCAUUAAGCAUCUGCCUUCAGCUCAGGUCAUGAUCCCAAGGUCCUGGGAUCAAGCCCCACAUCUCCCGCUGCCCACCCCCCCCAACCAGCUUGUGCUCUCUCUCGCUCACUCUCAAAUAAAUAAAAUGUUUUAAAAAAGGAAAAGAAACUGUAGUUAAAUGUUAGGAAACAUAGCUUUCUUAGAUUAUUACCAAUGAUUACAUAUUUUAUAUAUAAACAUCCCUAUUAGGUAAAAUUGACCAGUAUGAUUGCACAUACAUUUAAUCCACAAUGACAAUCUGUCAGUGUAUUAAUUUGAUAUAUAUCUUGAACUGGAAUCAUCUACAAAGAAAUAAUAAAUUCUGAAAAGAAACUAUGAGUCCCAAAUCAAACUAUGGUUAAAAAUUAAGAGGAUUAUUAGAAAACAAAAGUGUGGGCAGGAAAUAGUGGCCAUAUGUCCACUUUUAUUUGUAAAAGUAAUUCCUGUACAAACUUUUUUUUAAGAUUUUAUUUAUUUGAGAGAGAGAGAGAGAGCACCAGCGGGGGGGAGGGGCAGAGGGAGAGGAAGAGGCCGAGCCCAAUGUAAGACUCCAGGAUCAUGACCUGAGUCAAAGGCAGAUGCUUAACGGACUGAGCCACCCAGGUGCCCCAAACAAUUAUUAAGUAAAAAUUUUUAAAAUAUUGUAAAUUGUAAAAUUAAUCCCAUAAAUCCAAAUUAGUUGAACUUGGACUAACAAAGUCAAAAGCCACUGUUGUCAUUUGCACAUUAAUUUGAUAAACUGAAUUUUUUUUUAAAAGAUUUUAUUUAUUUAUUUGAGAGAGAGAGAAUGAGAGAGAGCACAUGAGAGGGGGGAGGGUCAGAGGGAGAAGCAGACUCCCUGCCGAGCAGGGAGCUCGAUGCGGGACUCGAUCCCGGGACUCCAGGAUCAUGACCUGAGCCGAAGGCAGUCGCCUAACCAACUGAGCCACCCAGGCGCCCCGAUAAACUGAAUUUUAAAACAAAAUUACAUCUGCUAUGCAAAACUGAUGAUCACUUUGAGCACUAAUAUAAAAACUUAGCUUUUUUUUUUUAGAAAGCUAUAUAAUAAGAUAUUAGAGAAACCCAACAGAAUAUGUCGUUUGUGGACCUCCAUAAAGACUGCAAGGCAGCUACGAGUUUAUGGCAUUUAAGGACUGAUGCACUUGGUGCUUCCCAGUCACCUACCCCCUGCCACCAUUACAACUAUUUAGAACCAUCUGAGCCCAUAAAAAUUCCGCAAAGGGGCACUGUGAGCCUUCCGGUUAAACACAAUUUAGCAAUCUGCUCCCAUCAGGACUGGGGAGGGAUGUGGGCCUUAAAAUCUUUUGCCAUCGCCCCCCCCCCCCCCCCAAUAUCAAAGGCAGAACCCUUCAAGGAGCAGAGCAGAUUCCAGCUCAGCAUGAAAGGGAGUGACUGGCUACCUGCUGACACUCGGCUCCCCAGAGGCUUUCAAGCGCUCCGGGGCUUUGACUGACACUUUGGCCUUCCCCAGCCCCCGCAGCUUGAGCGCACGCGAGGGCUCGCACCGGGCGCAGCUGGGAGGGCCCUAACGAGGCUUUAGCGCAGGUGCCGCACCUUCACCGACUUGCCCUGGAACUACUAGCCCGGGUUGGGGGCGUUGUGAAUGUGGGAGCAGGUGGGCAGAGGCUUUUGACGCGGGGCUCUAGCCCUAGACUGCGGACUUGCCCUUCAAGUAGGGAUCUCUCAGCUGGACGGGUGCGGCUGUGCUGCCAGAUCGCCUUUUUCUUUUUUUUUUUUAACCGCUCAUUAUCUUUUGGGGAAAAGGCUUCGAUAUGCAUUCUUUUGGGAUUUCCCAGAUGCUGCUAUAGCGGGAGAAUUGGUGGAAUUCUGCUCCCUGAAAUUCUGGUGGUGCAGUCCAGGACCGCCGUGUCUCCAGAUUUUAACCAGGGAAUUAUCUAAGUGGAGGCUAAUUUUUUCCUUCCAGGGGCAUUUGGCGUUUUGGAUUUUGUGAAUCUCUUCUUUCUCCCCCAGCCCCCCGCCCCCAUGUAUGUAAUACAUUUUUUAUUAGAAAAGAUGAUUAUUAUAGGAAAUGUAGAACUAACUGGAUUUAAAAUCUACCCACAAAUCCGCCCCUAAGAAGAUAAUACUAAAUUUUGGUUUUACGUUUUAUUUUCUAGUAUAUUAUUUUUACUUAUGGGUAUAUGUGAUAUUAAGUGAUAUGUGAUAUUCAGUUGAAUGAAUGCAGCAUUUUAGUUAGUUCUGGAAAUUCUUACCUACUUCAGUUUUGUUAUUAAAGAUAUCAAGUACCUGUAUUUGUCCUAAGAGUCCUUUUUAUGAAUCUCCUUGAAGAUUAAACACGUUCACAAGAGGAUAAGAACAAAACUAUAAAUGACAAAAGACUCAAAAAUAGACAUGGUUAAAGAUCUGAUGACAGCUCAUUAUAAUGUACCUGACAAGGAAAUCUGGUUAUUUCUGUGACACAUAACACCUCAAUAAUCAGAAUAUUGAGUGAUGACCUUAUACCAGAAGGUAACAUACCAAAUAAACAUGCCUAAUUGGUCAGAGACGUCAUUUAUGAUUUAAAUCUUGGGGAAGUUUGUUAAAACCUUAGAAAGUUUUAAAGCACUUGCCUAUAUAGGAUUACAGAUCGUUAAAGACCUGAUAAAGACAAAACAUAGACACUGGUUUUCCAGGCAGACAAAAGAAAAAAACCCUUUGUUUACAUUUUUUUAUCAAAAGCAGACCAACAAUCUAAGAAAAUUUAGUGUUUUUUUUUUUUUAAAGAUUUUAUUUAUUUAUUCA